UUGGCCUCCCCUGAGGCCGGGAAGUUCUCUGGCCACGCGGUCCGAGGGCGGCCCCCUUCACUUGCACCAUGGCCCGAAAUGCAGAAAAGGCCAUGACGGCCUUAGCAAGACUUCGCCAAGCUCAAUUGGAAGAGGGAAAAGUGAAGGAAUGAAGACCCUUCCUUACCUCAGAAUGUACUGACUUGCCCAAAGCUGAGAAGUGGAGACGACAGAUCAUUGGAGAGAUCUCUAAAAAAGUGGCUCAAAUUCAGAAUGCUGGUUUAGGUGAAUUCCGAAUUCGUGACCUGAAUGAUGAAAUUAACAAAUUGCUAAGAGAGAAAGGACACUGGGAGGUCCGGAUAAAGGAGCUGGGUGGUCCUGAUUAUGUAAAAGUUGGCCCUAAAAUGCUAGAUCAUGAAGGCAAAGAAGUCCCGGGAAAUCGAGGUUACAAAUACUUUGGAGCGGCAAAAGAUUUGCCUGGUGUUAGAGAGCUAUUUGAAAAAGAACCUCUUCCUCCUCCAAGAAAGACACGUGCUGAGCUCAUGAAGGCAAUUGAUUUUGAAUACUAUGGUUACCUAGAUGAAGAUGAUGGUGUUAUUGUGCCUUUGGAACAGGAAUAUGAAAAGAAAUUCAGAGCCCAGUUAGUGGAAAAGUGGAAAGCAGAGAGAGAGGCUCGGCUGGCAAGAGGAGAAAAGGAAGAGGAGGAAGAAAUCAACAUCUAUGCUGUCACGGAGGAGGAGUCUGAUGAGGAAGGCAGCCAGGAGAAAGGAGGCGAAGAUGAGCAGCAGAAGUUCAUCACCCAUGUCCCUGUGCCAUCGCAGCAAGAGAUCAAGGAGGCAAGAGAUCGAAGGAAGAAGAUGGAACUCCUCCAGAAAUAUGCAAGUGAGACCCUGCAGGCCCAGAGCGAAGAGGCCAAAAGACUCAUGGGAUAUUAGGGCUGAGUGAGGGUGCUCCCUGGGUCUGGAAACCUGUUGAAAGUUCUUCAGCCCCAGUUGGCCCUUGCAUUAACCUACAGGGUUCUGCUGUCCUGGGACUACAGACUG